AACAUUGCAUUAAUCAUCUUCUCAAAAAAUAAAAAUCAGAAAAGAAACCUUAUCCUUUGAUCGAAUCCUUGGCGCCAUUUCCUUUGCCAACAGAUAACAGAAAACGACCAACAAAUUUACAGUUAACCAUGCUUCUUUCGGCACCCGAUUCUUGCUUCUUCUCUUCUUCUAUGCUCUUUUCCAUUGCCCGCCUGAAACCCACCACCACUAGAGGGUUGCGGCUCAACUCACUGAGUCGAAACCGAGUGUGUAAAGCCAGUCUCAUAACUAGCGCCGACUCUUUCGAGGUUGGCCGACUCAUCGGUAGCUAUGGCUUCAUGAACGUCACAAGCUAUUCGGGGUUUCAAGAUGUUGAAUAUUCGUCUGGAGAUUUGGGGCGAUUGAGAGUUCAAGAUGUUGGUGAGGGUAGUGUUAAGAUCAGGCUUUAUGAAGGAAGAAUAGCUCAAGGUCCACGAAGAGGGACUCCAGUCAUAUUUAAGGUUUAUCCUGGACAAAGAGCUGGUGGAAUUGAAGCUGAUAUGAUGGCUGCAAAUGAACUCAAUGCUCAUGCUUUCCUCCAGAGCAGUUCGAAAGGAUUUAUUCAGAAUCUUGUGAUACUUCUUGGUGGAUUUGAGACUAAAACUGGAGAGCAGUGGCUUGCUUUUCGUAAUGAUGGGAAGUAUAGUGCAGCAGACUAUGCAAAACUAACGAGUGAAAAAAUAUCAAAAACCAGUUCUGCAAGCAAAGAAUCUUGGAAUCGAUUUGAACAAGAGCAAACAAUUAAACGUCGAAGAAAUUUUGUUGUUAAAUUAUUUCAGGGUGCUAUGAAUGGUUUAGCCUACAUGCAUGACCAUGGUAGAUUACACCAGAGUCUUGGACCAGCUUCUGUUGUUCUCAAUACAAUUGCGGAGAGGGAGGCUGCUUACUUAGUUCCACGACUUCGGGAUCUAGCCUUUUCUGUGGAUAUUAGGAUUGAAAAUUUAGAAGAAGGUCCCGGAACAUUCUCGGAAGGACUAUGGAGAAGAGCAGUUUCUGCUGGUGCCUAUACACCUAUUGAGAAAAGGACCUUUGGCAUUGCUGAUGACAUAUAUGAAGCAGGACUUCUUUUGGCAUACUUAGCUUUUGUUACAUUUUGUGAAGCAAACAUUAUGGAUAGUCUUUCUUUGCAAAGGCUCUUGGAAAGCACCUUUAAACUUGAUCUUCAAGCUACAAGAGAGUAUUGUUUAGCAGAUGACCGCUUGUUAGAAGCUGUCAAGUUUUUGGAUCUCGGUGAUGGUGCUGGUUGGGAGUUACUUCAGGCAAUGCUGAAUCCUGACUUCCGAAAACGACCGAUUGCAGAAGCAGUAAUCAAUCAUCGAUUUAUAACUAAUUCUGUUAUUUGAGAUUCCAAGGACUGAGGACAUAUUAUAGUCUGUGAAUAGAAAAUUUUGGAGUUGGAGUUAGCAAGUAGCAUGUUAUGUGAAAUAGCUGACAGUACGAAAAGACCUUAGAAUCA